AUGUCUAAAGUUUCAAUUGCUAUCAUCGGUUUAAAUGGUUUCUUGGGCAAGCCAGUUCUUGAAGCUAUCAAUUCCGGUAUUUUUGACGAUAAAAUCAAUUUCCCUAUUAAAGCCAUCACUAGAAAGGAACCAGAAACUAAGAAUGAAAAAAUUGAAUAUAUUGUUUCUGAAAUCAAUGAAGAAUCAAUUAAAACAACUUUAAAUGAAAAAUUAUCUGGUACUGAUGUUAUUAUUGAAUUAAUUGGUCCGAAUCCAGUUGCCUUUGCUAAUAUUGAAAAAUUAGUCGGUACAAUUAAACCAAAAUUAUUUAUCCCAUCACAAUUUGGUACUGAUAUUCCAAAAGUUGACGAAUAUGCUCCAGGGUUUUUAAGUAUUAAAACUCAACAUUCAGAAAAUGUCAGAAAAUUGGGGGUUAAAGUAGUUGAUAUUGUGAAUUCAUUAUUUGCUGUUCCUGGAGCUUUCCUUUAUGAAUGGGUUGGUUCCACUGGUAUAAAUGCUGAAGAUAAAACUGUUAAACUUAUUGGUGAUAUCAAUCAACAAUUGGAUAUUUCUAAAUUGGAAGAUGUUGGUAAAGCUGUCCUUUCUAUUGCUACUAAUCCAAAUCCAAAAGAAUUACCAGAUACCAUUAGAAUUGCUUCUGAUAGAAUCACUGUUAAAGAUGUUAUUGACAGAUAUUCUAAAGAUCAUAAUGUUGAAUUGAAGAUUGUUUCAGAACAAUCUGCUGCUGAUGCAAAGAAAGAGUUUGCUGAAUCUUUGAAAGCUGGUUUUGAUGGUAAUAAAUUCAGUUGGUAUUUACAAGUUAUUUCUGCUCAAGGUUUGGAUAAAGGGUUACUUUCUAGUAAAUUAGAUAAUGAAUUGGUUAAUCCAGGUGAAUCUUUAUGGAAAUGGGGUAAAUACUAA